CGAUCAAACGAACGAUCCGGGAGGAUGGAGUAGCGGGAACCAGGGAUCGAUUGCUUCCCGAUAGUUGGCAUGGAGGACACGACAGUGGGCAUCAUCGAGGGCUAAACUAUCGGAAUAAAUAUGGCGUCAGGGGUACCGAGCGUUCAUCAGAGGAAGCUUGGACCAGCGCCGAUAGCAUCCUUCGAAGACCUGUCCGACGAGGUGGAAAACGGGGAACCGGCUACGCGAAUGCCAGGCAUCGUUGAGGUGACUACGCCAGCAACGCCUGGUAGUUCGCUUAAGACACCCAGCACGCCGAGAAUUGACAUCAGCAGGGCGAGCAGUUCCUCCCACCAUGAGGACAGUAACUCCAGAGAAUCGUCGCCGGAAAGGGAGCUCCUUGCAGGCGGAGAGCCUCCACCUGGGUGCAAGCUGACUCUAGGAUACAAAGAGGAUGCUCAAGAUUUGAGAUCCUCAACGGAGGAGUUAGAUCUGCAAGAUCCCAUUCAUGAACAGGAUCUCAGAAGGGAAUCGAAGAAACUUGCGAAAAGACGAAAGGACGAUGCUUCUCAGUCGGAUUAUAGCAGCAGACAAUUGGACAGAGAACGCAAGGACAGCAACUGUUCGGAGAUCAUUUUAUUGAAUAUCAGUGGAAGAACGUCGAGACUCUCUUCCGUGGGUAGCCAAGGUUCCGGAGCUUCUGGCAAGCUCUCCGUCGUUUCUGCUACCUCCUCCAGGUCGCCUAGUCCGCACAAGUGUCUGUUGGAAACGUCGUUCUGCGGGAGCAAGCCAACGCUGGCGGACAAUUUGAUCGAACCAUCGAAGCCAGAAACAGACGACCUAGAGAAGAUUUUGUUGAAACGGGAGGCUGAUACUACCAAAGCGUUGAUUCCGGAGAGCAUAAAGGUGUCGAUGGUCGAUGGGAAUUUGAAACCAGAUCCCUUGGACAAACCUCGAAGACGGGGCCGCGAGGAAAGGAAAGAAAUCUUCAAGCGGGAAGUGGAAAUUACCAAGAGAUUUUUAGAGAAAGUGAACAUAGAGGUACCUAUCGCGAAGAAGCCAGCCGAUACACAGAGUAUAACGUCCCAACAGCAGACACCGAAGAAUCAAGCGCAGGAGGUUCAGAAGCCAGCCACGUUGGACUUCAACGACAAGAGAAAGAAGACUCAGAACUUUAAGGAAAUCGUGCAAACGACUCCCACAACGAGCAGCGUGACUGGCAGUCCGAAACUGCCUAGGCAUCAGAAAGUACGAGAUCUCGAGGGUUCGCGAACUCCCAGUCCCUCUUCCGUCUCGAGGAAGAGCAGCUUCACCUCCCUGUUCAAGGCCCGCACAGACAGCAGUGUUUUGAGUCCAGAAUCGCCGUCACCCAGUACGAAACCGCGCCGUAGUCUCACCUCGAAGAUUAAGGAUACCACGGAGAGUCUGCGCAGCAGAUCGAAAUCGAGGGAAAGAGUGUCCAUGGACAGAGGGUCUAGCUUGAAAAAGGAAUCGAAGAACAAAGGAGUAUUCUCGUCGACGUUGAGUUUGUUCAAAAAACGGGAGCGGAAGAAGAGUUACGACGAGGCUAUCGCUGCCUCCUGCGGCACCGAUCUCGACACCGGCGGCGGCGAACAUCCGUCCUUGGAGAGCAUCGGUCACGUAGAGUUUCGGUUUAACGCCGAGAAGGAGAACCGCAAGGAUGACUCGAUCUUCAUAAGCCUCCACGCCGACGACAGAAACUAUGAGGAGGCGUUGCCUUCGGAGAGCGUCUCGAUCCCUUUGGAAACGCCGACGAAACUGUUGGACGAGUACGAAUCUGAGCCUCGUACAGGAAGCAUAGUCACGGAAGUGUCCAUAGAACACUAUCCACCGCCGUCGAGAAUCAGAACCGAGGCUCUAAUCGAGACAUCCCCGAGAACGUACACCGAGGACAAUCGAGUGCCUCGAAGCGGAUCCAAGGAUUCGGAGAUUUCCAGGAGUUCCUCCAAGGACUCCAAGUUAAGCGGUCAAGCUAAAACGAGCGAAACCCUCGCGAAAUCGUCUACGAAGAGCAAAGCGGAACAUCGGGUUUCCAGUAGUUCUUCGAAAGAUUCGAUCGGUAAGAAAGAAGCCACGAAACCGAAGAGAAGAAGCAAAGAGGUUAAGCAAACGAUAGAACCGCCGGAAAGAAUAGACGAAGUUAAACAGAAACAACAGCCGAAAGAAGAGCCGAUCGAAAGCACAGAAAGCAGAACAUCCGAUUUUAUCGACGACGUGAUCAAGCCAGCGGAUGGACUGACGAAGGCGUCCAGCGUCAUCUCCGACUUGGAUCACAAUAGCUCGGAAUCGGAAAGAGACUCCGAGAUCGAGUUCAUAAGAAACAAGGCUGAGAAACUAGCCGAGGAAUUGCCCGACGAGAGAAAGGGUUUGUUUUACGAGGAGAGCUUCGAAGAGGAUCUCCCUUAUGUACCCACCACCUUGCCCUUGGAGAAGAGCGUAGCUGUGCCGAUCCUACCCGUAAAACAACGACUUCAGGAAGUAAGAACAAUACCUAUCGAGAGGCCUCGGUCCACGACACCCAUAAAUCGGACUCUGCUCGACGAGUUCGUGAUGCAAACAUCUCUAGACGAGCGUCGCGUGGAGAAGAUGAAGAUAUCGUUGCCCCGGGAGGAGAGUUUUAAAUUGAAGAGUCCGAGAAAGCACGCGGCAAAUACGUUCAUGGAGUUUGCGGGCAAGGUGCCCGAUGGAGGGCGAAAGAGCGCCGGGAAAUCGCCGAGUCCACCACCACUGCCACCGAGAGCGUCCGCGAGACCAAGCAACUGGAUCAAUUUCGAGGAGAUUCCGGAAAAGAGGAAAGCACCGAAAAGAAUUCAAACGAUCCCGCGUCCCGAUGACGAAGGAAAAUCGGCCGGGUACAAUUACGUACAACCGGAAGAGUGCAGAUGCGAGUGCCACGAGGAGUCUCGAAGAGCAUCGAUGAAAGAACCGACAACAACGAGAACAUCCUCUUCCUGUAGCAGCAACGGCGAACGACCGUGCAACGGCGAUAACUGCACGGUACCGAGUUCCACCUCGAUGGACCGUGCCAGCAUCGUCAGUGACAGCUCGCUGGAGUGCAGCCUGAGCAUCGAGGAAGGCAAUAAUCAGCCAUUGUACGCAGGCUCCUCGAAACCGUUUAGCAUAGACCUGGACGUGAGAUCGAACAGGUCCAGCAUCGUGUCGCAGGACGAGACUGACGAGAUAGCCUGCACCAAUAAUAGUUAAACAACGGCACGCCUCGCCUUAUUCUACCUUUUUUCUUAUUUUCUUUUAUAGAUUCUCCAUAACGAUACACUCUCUCUCUCUUCGAGACGAGUUCUUCGUUGCUCGUUGUAGCGCGCGUCUAGCUGUGUUCUCGAAUUUCUAUCGGACCUUUUCGCUCAAGAACGUACUCUCUAUCUAUGAUCGUGUCUUCGCAUUUAAUAGAGUUUCUUCGUUGAUUAUUCCUAUUUAGAGGGACCGGUUACAGACGGUUUUAAACGUAACGAUCAUCCCUGUGAAUUGGAAUACGUCUCGUUAACGAUAUCUCGUCAAGUUGUAAAAGCGCAGAGUCGUUUGUUAUUCGGGAAACGCGUGCAGAUCGUACACAGGGUGUCUCGGAGAAUACGUACACCUUGAAAGUAAAGCCUCGACGGCAACGAAAAGAAUCUCGGGAAGCCCUCUGCCACUUUACUAUUUUUCGUUUUUCAGCCUAUAACGAAUCAAAACCAACCCAUAGUUCAAACUCUGUCGAUCGUUUCGGACAUUUUUCUCGUCUUUUCUCGUCUUUUCUCGCCUUUUCUCGUCUUUUGUCGUCUUUGUCCCCAUAUAAGUUCUUCGAAAUCGUGAAACCGCUUCAUCCGCGUCGAUUUCACUGAAACGCAAGGGCCACGGAAAUUCCGCUACAUUUUUGCUAUCGUCCAGCGUCGAAUACUUGUACAUAACCUCGUAAUAGAGUUUCUGAUCCGCGCGAAAAUCCCUAGAACUUUUUCGGGCGAAACGUAUCUUCCACGAAAACUCCAUCGUUACCGCGCUCGAAUCAUGGUUUGAACUCCGCUUUGACUCGAACGCUUUAGCUGAAACAGACGGACAUCGAUUACAUCGUGCAGAGACGACAAGUCGGCUAGCGAAAUAAACACCCCGAUCUGAUCGAUUAUAAUAUAAUAGAUAUACUUGUUCGAAUACGAACUUUAAAGCAAUAGCAUCGCAGUACAGACAGAGUAUCUCUCUUGCUCCUAGUAUCUCAUCCACCUUCUGAUCUCUGUAACCGUUGUGCGAACAAACGGUUCAUCGGUUAUCCGUUUCUGUAUUUUCUUAACGGACAAAAUCGUGUGUACACAUUGACCAAAAGCUUCCGUACGGUUAAGUAUACGGUUAAUCGCAAAUACACGAUGGUUGUGGACGGUGGCUUGUACUCGAAAUUGUUAAAAUUGCUUCUCGAGGUUCGUAAUAAGAAAUUACUGAAAAAUAACUAGCUAGCUGAAUUUGAAUUGUAUCGAAAGUAUGUUGAAGUUCGAAAAGAACGAAAGUUCUAUUUGAGGAAGAAAGUUGCGCGAAGAAAGCGUUAGUUCGUUGCGAUAGGAUAACGUGACGCUUCAUAUCAUGUAUGUAGAUAACCUUAGAUCUGUAAAUGUUACGUUGAUAUAGAAGAGUUUAAAGCGCGAAAAAUUAAUCGAAUGUUAAAAAGCAAAUUAUCGUUAAGUAAUUAUUCGAUUCGUUUUAGCGAAUCAUGACUUUUUCGAGCAUCGUUUUCUCUGGUUCAUAUCGCGGGUUCGGUAAAAAAAUCGCGAGGAGUUUCUUCCUGCAUUUCAUUGAUACGUCAUUCUAUCGGUAUCGUGUGUGUAAACAAUCGGUAUGCGAGAAAAAUGCGUGAUAUGCGAGGAAAGCGUGUACAUAAUCACCGUUUCAUAAACGGUGCACCACCAUGGUGCGUUUCAUAUCCAUGGAAUUCACGUUACAUUCGAAAAUGUAAUGACUCUUUAAAAGCGUACCUUCAGAAACGAGCCACCAUCCACAGACCUAAGGUGUGUACCUAAGCCGACAAAGCGAAAUAUGGUAUCGUUAAGGAGUUGAAAAUCAAAUGACAAGAAUCGUAUCGAUUGCACUCUCACUCUGAUCAUUAGAGUGCUUCGGUUUUUAGUGUAUAUUCCUCUUUUAAUCGAACUAGCUUCAUUUUAACUUCCAAAGUUCAAUUUUAUUUUCGUUAUUCCACUGAAACGAGCUGCAGAGAAACUCUAACUCAGAGUUGUUCUUUUAUAAGUCCAUCGGACAGAAAAAUCCCGUAGUAAAGCGAAAAGGAGAAUCAUCGUUCAUCAUUUAUCGGCAGGAUUUCAAUUUUAGAAUUAGACUUUGGCUUAAAAGCCUAGGUUGGUUCGAGUAAAACGAGUAGGUACAAAGCGUAAGUUUAUUCGCUUAAAAUCUAUGUUACGUUUGAAUUAGGCUCGAAUUCGAAGACCAGGUUGCAUCGUGGACUUACCGAUACCUACCAGCAGACACCUGCUCUAGAUGCAGAGGGAUUUCUUCUUCACCAAGAAAACUCAUCUAUUCCAUCUCAUAAUUUCCUUGUUCGUUUUACAAGUCCGUCGAGCCGUUUUAGAUCACUUCUGUUCUAACUAAAAGGCGAAGAAACGAAAAGAAAGACUCGCAUACACGUUUAGGAAUUGAUUUAUUCCGUUUUUGCCAUUGCGACAAAAUACAAUCUAAUGGGCAUAUAGAAGGUAAUUAAUUAGGAUCUUCGAUCAGCGAGUCUUGUCCUUAGAUGUCGAUUAUUAUUUGUCUCCGCUACCUUUACCUCGGGUAUACUUCGAUUAUACAACUUCAUUGUAUUCGAUAUUUAUUUGAAUCGUCUAAAAAAAUCAGACGCGGAGGAACCUCUGGAGAUCGUCUGUUGCAUACAGACGAAACUUGAACUCCUUAGAGAAAAUCUUCUGACAUGGAUGAUCUGGUAUUGGAUAGAUGAAAUUCUUCGUUCUUUAGAAAUCUAUAUUCGAAAUAUGUAGAUGUAGAGAUGUUUAAGAUCGUAAGUUGGUCAUUUAAAUUCUGAAUUAUUUCUGAAUUUAAAACCGAGUUCAGAUUCGAUCGUUAACCUUAAUGGAUAUAUCGAUUUAAUUGAUGAUUUUUCCUUUUUUUAAAAGGAAAACGCUCUUAACUUUCAGCAAUUUAAUGGUAUUUCAACUGUGAUACGUAUCCAUUCGAAUACGAAAAAUUCAACCGUUUUGUGUCUCGGUAAAGAAAUAAAGAAAGGAAAGGAACAUCCUCGAACUACGAUGGGAUAUUCCUCGGUAACCAACCGUUCACGCUCCUCCUUUUAGCAAUACUCAUAACACGUACACGCAGUUCAUGAUUAUUUUAGAAGAUACUCGACGAACUACGAGCAAAUCUAAAAGAAUAUUUAAAUGUUUCUAACGUUGUGUAUAUAAAUAAAAUGAAUUCAGAGAGUGCAUAUCUUGAAGAUGUGUGUGUGAGAGAGAAAGAAACGAAGAGAAACAGCGAGUGUGUGCGAGAGCGAGGAAAGAUACGAAAGAGAAUAAAAGAAGCUGUCAGCUAAAGAGAAUAAAAUAAUGUUUUGUGUUUUGA